GUUCAACUACCCAAUAUUUAGUUUCAAGAUAAGAAACUUCACGCCUGCUUUUCUUUAAAAUGUUAGAGGUUGUAUCGGUUGGAAUUAGAUUUUCACUAUUAGAUAGCCUUGACAUCUUCAACUCACUUUUUUGUCGGAAGCGGCAAAGUUAGAAAAUCACGUUCUUAGUUCCGUAAUGGCUGAAGAAACCGUCAAGAAACGUAGACCCUUCAAGAAGUUCUUCUAUCGAGGGGUUGAUUUAGACCAACUUCUAGAUAUGAACUUGGAUCAAAUAGCCCAGCUGAUGCCUGCCCGGAUACGCAGAAGAAUUAACAGGAAAUUUCGUACAAAACAUAUGACACUCCUAAAGAAGCUUAGAAAAAGUAAGAAGGAAUGUCCUGUGGGCGAGAAGCCGGCUGUUGUCAAAACGCAUAUAAGAGAUAUGAUCAUUCUUCCCGAGAUGAUCGGAUCAGUUGUUGGUGUUUACAACGGAAAAUCAUUUAACACAGUUGAGAUCAGGCCUGAAAUGCUUGGUCACUACCUCGGAGAAUUUUCAAUAACCUAUAAACCUGUCAAACACGGCAGACCCGGUGUUGGUGCUACUCACAGUUCCAGGUUUAUUCCCCUUAAAUAAUUUGCCACUAAUAAAAUGUUGGUUAUAUCAUCCUCUUUUUGAAUAAAUAAAAGUAGUGACGUUGAACAAACUAGUUAAGAUAUGCUUGUCGAUGGCGAACAUAAGGUUUUUGUCAGAAGACUGAUGGAUUAAGCAUUGUAAGAUAUUGGUUAGAUCCCAACUGCUGUUAAGGUUAGCGAGGCUUUUUCAGACUGUUAGGCACGCUUUACGCUCACAGUUGUCUUGACGAAGCAGAUUGCUCAGUCAUAUUGCGUAGUUUCAGUCGUAAGAAUAAAAUAGUGGGUGGCCUGUUUUAGUCGACAUGGCAUUGAUUUCAGUUGAUUAAUCUAUUCAAUGCGUCAAAAGAUAAAACUUUAAUUGCGUGUUGGGUCAAUGAGUUCCAUAUGUUGAUG